ACGCCUGGGGACGCCGCGACUGGCAGGGCUGGCGAUGCUGAGGAUGAAGGGCGCGACCUGCCUGGCGCUGCUGCUGCUGCUGGCGAGACGAGCCGCGCCGCAGACACCGGGGGUCAUCUCGUCCUUCCUCAACAUCCUGCAGGAGGGCGUGACGCAGGCCGACAACGAGCCGCGAGACGAGCCCACGGUCAGCCCGGAGUACGACUUCAUCGUGGUUGGCGCCGGCAGCGCGGGCUGCGUGGUCGCCAACAGACUCACCGAGGUCCCGGACUGGACCGUGCUGCUCAUAGAGGCGGGGCGCGAGGAGAACUACGUCAUGGACGUGCCCAUCAUCGCCAACUACCUGCAGUUCUCCGAGGCCAACUGGAAGUACAAGACUGAGCCCUCGGACGCGGCGUGCCUGGGCCACACCAACCGGCGGUGCAACUGGCCGCGUGGCAAGGUCAUGGGCGGCUCCAGUGUUCUCAACUACAUGAUCUACACCCGGGGCAACUGGCGCGACUACGACAACUGGCGCAGCAUGGGCAACGACGGCUGGGGCUUCGACGACGUCCUGCCCUACUUCCUCAAGUCCGAGGACAACAACAUCGAGGGGAUGGCGACGGACUCGCGAUACCACUCCAAGGGAGGCUACCUGUCGGUCAGCAACAUCCCCUUCCACACGAGCCUGGCCGACGCGUUCAUCCGGGCCGGGCUGGAGACGGGGGCCCGGGUCGUGGACUACAACGGCCGCGACCAGGUGGGGUUCUCGUACCUGCAGGUCACCAUGAAGAACGGCACUCGCUGGAGCUCCUCGCGCGCCUUCCUGCACCCGGCCAGCAGCAGGAGCAACCUGCACGUCAAGAAGUACUCCCUGGUGACCAGGAUCCUCAUCGACCCGCGCACGAGAACCGCUUACGGGGUCGAGUUCACGAACAAGGGCAAGACGUAUCGGGUGAAGGCCAAGCGGGAAGUCAUCCUGUCCGCGGGGGCCAUCAACUCGCCCCAGGUGCUCAUGCUGUCGGGGAUAGGCCCGAGGGAACACCUCGAGAAGCUCAAAGUUCCUGUAGUCAACGACCUGAAGGUCGGCUACAAUCUCAUGGACCACAUCGCCCUCGGCGGGCUGACGUUCCUCUGCAACCACACCUCGCUGAGGACGUUCGAUCUGAUACAGAGCUCCAAGAACUUCCUCGAGUUCUUCUCCUACCACCGAGGGCCUUUCUCCGUGCCGGGAGGCUGCGAGGCGCUGGCGUACUACGACCUGAAGAACCCGGGCGCCGCCGACGGCUACCCCGACGUGGAGUUGCUGUUCCAGGGCGGGUCCAUCGUCUCCGACCCCACGCUGAGGAGGAACUUCGGCAUCGACGACGCUCUGUACGAGAGAGUGUACAAAAGACUGGAGACCGAGAACACGUGGAUGAUGCUCCCGAUGCUGCUGCGCCCGAAGAGCAGAGGGCGGAUCAUGCUCAGGGACGCCAACCCCGGCCACAAGCCCCUCAUAUACCACAACUACUACGCCGCGAAGGAGGACCUGGACACGAUGGUCGGCGCCAUCAAGAAGACCGUAGAGCUGAGCCAGACCGCGGCCAUGAGGAACGUCGGAUCCCGGCUGCACGACGUGAAGAUCCCCGGCUGCGCCAGGUUCCAGUUCGGUUCGGACGAGUACUGGGGCUGCGCGGCGCGGCACCUGACCUUCACCAUCUACCACCAGUCGGGCACGUGCAAGAUGGGGCCCGCCGGUGACCCCUCGGCCGUGGUGGACCCCCGCCUGCGAGUGCACGGCGUCGCGCGCCUGAGGGUAGUCGACGCCUCCAUCAUGCCGGUGAUACCCAUCGCGCACACCAACGCUCCCACCUACAUGAUCGCAGAGAAGGCGUCCGACAUGAUCAAGGAGGACUGGGGCCGGUUGGCAGGCUCUCAGUUCCGGAAGAAAGGUUAGGCUGUACCAGUGGCGGAUGCAGGAUCGACUAUAGGGGGGAUGAGGGCUACCCCUCACCAAUCAAACCACUGGACUGGUUAUGUUCCUCAGAAAUAUUACAAAAGAUUAGUUGGUAGAUGCACUUUUUUAGAUAUACGAAUACUCUUUAUAGCGUUAUAAGUCUUACAUAAAAAAUAAAAACAGUUAAUGUAUUCAAUAACAGUUCAGCAGUUUCCCAAUGUUGAAUAUCUAGGUACUUGGUCUAGUCAUUAGAUCCAGACUAAGUUAUUGCAACUAAACAUACUUCCUUGAUAAGUAUUUGAAAUUAACAAAGACCAAAAAUUUACUUCGGAAGUCAUUUCAAACAGUGCAUCUUUUAACCUUCCUGGUGGCCUCCCCCUUCUUUUUUUCUUUCUUUCUGGAUCCGCCUCUGAGCGAUACUUGUGUGUACGCGAGCAGCAAGGAAAUUCUGCUCCAUUCAAAAUUCCAUCCCACGCUUAUUUCCCGCCCCGGAAAUUAAGAUCAUUUAACGAGCCACGGAAUUUUAAGCGCAAAACAAAUAGAUAAAGGUUUUAUUUAUUUAUUUAUUUAUUAUUGCUGUAAAUAUUAAUUCAGAAUAAUCACUGAAGUAUGACACAAUGAUACAAGUGAUUUUAAAGUUUCGUUAAAAAAUAAUAAUAAUCUGCUACGCACAUUUCUUUUCUCAUUUAAGACAUUCGCGUGAUGCGGCUAUUGCUACAUUCUGCAUGCAUUUGUAACAGUUUAAAUGUCCGUUUGUUUCGUGCGUGACGGUGGCAAGCAACGUUCGCGAUUCAAGAUGCAGGUCCAUCACGACUAAAUAAGUUUAAAACUUCUAAACGACUUAUGAUGUAAAGUGCUUAACUGACUUACCGGUAUACGUAAUUAUAGUUACAGCUGAAUUCGAUGUCAUUACUAAAAUAUUACCUUAAACAUUUUAAAACACAUAUCACACUAAGUUUAUGUUUGUAAAUUUGUUUUUGCUUAAACUACUGAAAUCAGUUAGAAAAUACUAGCUACAAACAAUCAUUAACCUCAUUGAGCUGAUUCGACAUUAUUAUUACAUAAUAUUAUAUCAAAUUGUUAUUAAAAAAAGUUUUUUUUAAAAAAUCAGUUACGAGAUUUGAACUACGUCCGUUGAAUUUAAAAAGCGACCGCUCCGCCGCUGUGCUACUUAUAGCCUUUCACGAACUUCGAAGGAAUAUGAGCUAUCAUGAUUAUAAUUACAGUUUUAUUACGUAUUUUAAUAAUUGAGAUUACUUCUUUUUAGUAUGACUAUUUUAGUUUUCCAGAUAUAUUGCGGGGAAGUUUUAACCAUCAUAAAGUUCCAUUUUUGGCACACCACUACGUGUUUACGAAAGUUAACUGUUGCUACACGUGGGUCCGCCAUCUUGGUUACACAUAUCCGUUCCAUUCCGUUCCGUGGCUGAUGCGUGAGAAAUGCCGGAGGAAUGACGCAAGCGACGCGGCGACGCGCGGCGAGAGAGCCGUGACUCGGCCGACAUCUUGACGGCCAGCGACAAUGGAAGGUCGCGCUCGAAGGAUGUCCGCAGCAAAAACCCCUCCUACGUCAGGGCGAGCCUUGCUCCUGGAUAACCCCGCGCCGGACGGGCUGUGCGCGCGUCUCAUUGGCUGCCGUGUGCGCGCGGCUGGUUGUGCAACUCGUCGGCGUGGCGUUCCACACAACAGUGCUCCCCCCGUGCGUCUACUCACCCGCGGCGACGGCUACAGCAACACACAGAGGCAUUCCUCCUGGAACUAACAAGCCCCUCAUUGUGAGUCGGGGUUCAUAGAUGUAAACGCCAAAACACUGUUUCGUGGAAAACUUCCUGUUUAUAGUUUAAAAUUUUCUGCUUUAUGCAUGCAUAUAUAUGCCAAAAUACGGGCAGUGUACAACAUACAAGCACCGUAUCCACGGAUGACUUGAGUCGGUUAAGAAACACGCGCAACUCUCGCAUUUCCCCCCUUCCCCCUUUUUCCCACCUACGAAUUAUAUCGUGUGUCUUACAGUGUGAUUACAGUCAAGUGUAAUACAUACUGCAACAAUACACGUUACGUGUUGGGUUCGUGCGACCAAGGUUCCUACUCAGGUAUUCUGUAUGCUUGCUUCAGCCAUUGAUUGUAACUGAAACGCAUCAGGUGUUUGUGGAGUACACAAUAUCGUGGAGUUAAUCCACGACGCUGCAAACUAUUUGUGCCAUAAUUCUGUUUUGAUGUACUGAAACAAGUUAGAGAAUUCAACAAUGUACCUUCAGCAAAUCAGUAGAGUGCAGCUGUACAGACUUAUUAUUGUUUGUAUUACUAGUGUAUGUAUAAUAAUUUAUCAACGAUUUAAAGAUUAUUGGAUGUAUAAAUGCCUAGUUUUUGUAAUUUAAUGUAACUUUUUUUUUUAAUAAAAGGAAACAAAACCUGACAAAUCUUACUUACUUCAGCAAGUGUUAGUGCAAAAGACUCUUUUAUUAUAAUUAUCAACCGAGUUGCAAAUCACUCAGGCAUAUGUGGACUGGAAUGUCCAUCAGACAAUUCGAAAGCGACCUUAACUUGAACAUGUUUAGUUCUGGAAUGAUUGGUCUGUACGAAUUCUAAACUUUAGGAAUGAACUGUAAAUGUAACAAGUAAAGUUUGAAAUAAAUGUUUUGAUUUGUCAA